UUGCUGUGCAGACAGAGAGCCACCAUGGCGAGUUAAAAGACGUCUCCUUCACCAAUUUAACCCGAUCCAGCCUUCCCUAUGCGGCCGCUCGGAGUACACACUCGGCGCCUGUGUCCCCAAUGCGGCGCAACACGGGGGUCGGCCUCUCAGAGACGGGAGAAUUGUUUGUCUGCAGAAUCAUUGCUGCAGGAGGACGUCUGACCUCUGCCGUGUGCAACCAGAGACAUGAGCGUUGUCAGGGACUUACAUGGGAUUGGGUUCAGGGGUGGCGGCGGCGGGGUGGUGGCCUCUCUCAGCGGCCCAGCCCAUUUCACGGAGGAUGCGCCACGGCCGCCGGUCCCCGGCGAGGAGGGCUCUGACGUGGACCCCCCGGUCCAGUCGGCGGUCACCCGUCCAGGCGGCCUAUCUCAGACACUUGGCUUCCCCCUGUCAUCGUUGUCCGCCAAGAUGGGGGAUUCCUCAAGCUACACGCCUUCCUCCUCUUCGGCGACCCCCCGUCGCCCCGACCUGGACUUGGGCUACGAACCAGAGGGCUCGGCCUCGCCCACUCCGCCUUACCUGAAGUGGGCCGAGUCCCUUCACUCGCUCCUGGACGACCAGGAAGGAAUCCAGCUGUUUCGGAACUUCCUGUGCCAGGAAGGUUGUGCGGACCUCCUGGACUUCUGGUUCGCCUGCUCGGGGUUCCGUAAGACCAGCCAGGAGAAGCGGGCCAAGCUGGCCAAGGCCAUCUAUAGGAAGUACAUUGUGGACGGAAGCGGGAUCGUCUCCAGGCAGAUCAAGCCGGCCACCAAGAGCUUCAUCCGAGACUGCGUGGGGAAGCCGCAUCCGGACCCCGCCAUGUUUGAGCAGGCCCAGACGGAAAUCCAGGCUAUGAUGGAGGAGAACACCUACCCUCUGUUCCUCAAGUCGGACCUGUACCUGGAAUACACGCGGUCAGGAGGGGAGAGCCCCAAGCUCAACCCUAGCGACCAGAGCCCAUCGUCCGGUCCUGCUAAGCCCCUCCCUGGCUGCUUACCCACCCUGACCGAAGACGAGGAGUGGAGGUGCGGAGGCAGUGCGAUGGAAGCGGAGGAAGAGAAAGAAGAGUGUGGAGACACACCGGCUGGAAGGCUGACCCAAAGCCUGCUGAUGAAGACGGUACCGCAGAGAACGUCGACUGGCAGGAGGCGGCAGGACAGCAGGGAGUACAGACCUUGGAGAGAGCCGGUGAACCCGUACUACGCCAACGUGGGCUACGCCCGCGCCCCCGCCACCAGUGCCAACGACAGUGAGCAGCAGAGCAUGUCUAGCGACGCCGACACACUGUCGCUGACCGACAGCAGCGUAGAUGGUAUUCCUCCUUACAGAUAUCGGAAGCAGCAUCGCAAGGAGAUGCAUGAAAGUGCCAAAGCUAACGGACGUGUGCCCCUACCUCAUAUACCUCGCACGUAUCGCAUGCCAAAGGACAUCCACGUAGAGCCUGAGAGGUUUGCAGCGGACCUCAUCAGGAAGCUGGAGAUGGUUCUCAGAGAAAGGGAGGCCGAGGAGCGACUGGAAGAGAGGCUGAAGCGAGUACGACUGGAAGAGGAGGGCGACGACGCCGACGUCUCCGUCAUCACCUCAAUGUCUUCCCACAGCAUACCACUUCCCCUCCCGUCGUCGUUCCCCCCUCUCUACGGCGCUCACUACUCUGAGAACACUGCCAACACGGGAGCCGUUGCCACGUACGGCGGCCUGGUCGCCAUGGAGGAUUCCCUCGACGACGACCCGGAGUCCAUCCUGGACGAGCACGUGCAGCGGGUGAUGAAAACGCCGGGGUGCCAGUCACCGGGGGCAACCAACAGCGGCACCUUAGGAGUGUGCGGCCGGCAGACGCCUCCCAAGACGUCGCGGUCGCCAGACGGCGGAGUCGGUCCGCCUCACUACCCGCCUCACCGAGGGGGAGGUCACAGUCUGCCUGCUUCUGGGGUCAAAGGUAUCCAUCACCACAAGCAGCUGUACCACCACAGAGGAAGAGAAGGCCAGGAGGAGACGGGCUCCAGGUCGCAGCCCAACUUCAUUUGGAAUGGAGAGCCAGCUAGUCAGUACGCAGCGAGAAGUCGAAAUUACGCCGACGGGGCCGGAGCCAGCAUCCUGGAUGGAAUGGGUUACUGUAGUAAAGGGAGCACGCUGUCACGACGUGGCAAAAAGCCAUUGGAGACGUCGGGCAAGGGCGACGAGGGCGGGCGUGGCGUGGAUACCCAGGUACCUCUAGAUGACUUGGAGAGGAACCAGAAGAUCCUCCAGUGGAUGAUGGAGGGCGACAGGCAGAGAAAAAGCUCACAUGGUGGUAGCACCAGCAGCUCCAGGCGGACGGGAGCCAGCAGCGAGGCGCCGCGUCCCACUUCUGUGGAGCGACCCGGCGCCGUCCAUCCGUGGGUCUCGGCCCAGCUGCGCAACAACCCUUCCUCAGCGUCACCCGCCAUCGCUCCACACUCGGCGGCGGCAGCGCAGGUGCAGCCCUUGCACCCUUUCAUCCAGGACCCCGCCAUGCCCCCCAACCCGGCACCCAACCCCCUCACCCAGCUGGAGGAGACUCGACGCAGGCUGGAGGAAGAGCGAAGGAGGGCGGCGCUUCAGCAGGCUAAGCCAAGGCACAAGUCUGGAAAGCGGCAAGUGUGUGAGAACAUGACGGUCGCCUACUACUUCUGUGGCGAACCGAUCCCCUACCGGACCUCUGUCAAGGGCCGCGUGGUGACUUUGGGCCAGUUUAAGGAGCUGCUGACCAAAAAGGGCCACUACAGGUUUUACUUCAAGAAAGUCAGCGACGAGUUUGACUGCGGCGUGGUGUUCGAGGAGGUCCGAGACGACGACGCCAUACUGCCCAUCUUCGAGGAGAAGAUCAUCGGCAAGGUGGAGAAGGUGGACUGAAGCGGCGGCGAAAGUGCGGCGACCGUUGCCACGCGGAGUACGUUUGCAGAUGAAGAAAAAGCAAAGAAAGUGGGAUGAAUGGAAGGAGCAGCGUGUGUAGGAUGUUUGGAUCAAAGACAGGCCGGAAGAUCACGUCUUAUCUUGCUUUCAUUGCGGACCUUUCAAACCUCCUGUCUGUCCACUCUGACGCCGCCAUGGAGGGAAAGGGGCGGAGCUAAAGUCUUCCACUUGUUCUCCGGAGGAGACCGCGACCAUGCUGCUACACGACCACAGGAUCUCUUCAGUCGGUGCUCAGAGACACUUAGACCACCCCCCUCCUUCCCGUCUCCGUUCCUCACCAGCUUGCCAUGAGAUUACGAGGACGGAUGAUGAAAAGGAAGCUGGUCCUCUCGGAGAAACGGAGUCCUGUGACGUCACGUUGCCAUCUCUCCAAUUCAACAGUUCUCUACACAAGGUGUUUACCAAAGCUACUCUUUUAUUUUGACGGGACAAGUAUGCUUCUGACACGGCAGGUACUAUGACUUAUUCAUGUGGUAUUAUUAUGACUAUUGUUCAUUUUCCAUAUCAGGAUCUCUUUGUUCGUCUUACCCAACAAACUUCCUCCCGUCUUUUUAUUCUUACACACUCGCCAGCCAGCCAACGCUUGGCAAUGUGACGCCCGCUGAUAUUUAUCUGCCUGAACUAGCCAAAGAACACGACCACGCGUCCCCCCCCGUCCCAUAUUUGAGUACCGUACCACAGACCACAACGAGGAAUGUUGUUCAAAUCCACACACUUGUUGUGGUUUUUCUCUUCAUUUUGAGCGUUUUAACCAGGACGUGGAGAAAACAAAAGUCCUUCUCUUUAUCGGGAAGCCACAUGGCAGCGAGUCGCAUGAAAAGAAAUGAAUGCCAGCUAGUGGACGGACUGUGAAAGCUAAACCAUCAAAUAAAAAGUCAUCACACUAAAUUAUCCGUUAUGCUUAAAUUAACGAUUUAUUUUAGUACUAAUUUAUUCAAAAAAAUGUGUAUACAAAAAAAGCACAUUUUAACAUUUGGAGAUGCAUGCUUUGUUGCAGGGGUGUCCAAACUUUUUUCCACUGCGGGCUGCACACUGAAAAGAAAGCAUGCGGGGGCCAUUUUAAUAUUUUUAAUUUUCAAUAACAAUGCAAUAUUGUGACCCAUUUAAAGGUCCCGGGGACCCCAAAGGGUCUCAGUCAUUAAAGUGUUAAAAAUAAGUCAUGUAUAUAUUAGGGCUGUCAAAAAAAUGGAUUCUCGUAUUAAUCGCGAUUCUUAUUUGUAACGAUUCUUAAUCGAUGAAAAACAUUUUUUUUUUUAAAUAAAAUAAAAUUCUCCCCAAAAAUCAGUCCUGUCCAACCACUUUAUUAAAUGUUUGGGUAGACUUUUAUUAAACAAAACCAGUUUUCGUUUAAGGUAUAUAGAAAUGUAUAUGAGCUGUUUAUAUAUUUUAUGGAGGAAUGUAGUUAAUCAUAGAACUGGCACCCAAUGUUAUGAAAGUAUUGACUUUGAAUCGAAUCGUUGCCCCUAAGAAUCAAAUCUAAUCGUGUGGUGCCCAAAAAUUUACAACCCUAUUCUAUAAAUAUAUAUACAUAUAUUUUUAUUUUUUAUUUUAACACUUAAAUAUCUAGAGAUGAACUUAAGAUAUAUCCGUUGACAUAAAGUUUAAACUAUUUUUAUGUGUCAUGCCCUCUUUGUCAAAACCCAACCCUAAUAGGAAAAACAAAGUAUGCAAUAUUAGCCCCCCAAAAAUGUUCAAAGUGGAAUAUUUGAUGUGAAAUAAUUGGAGCAUAAAUAGAAAAAUAAUUCAUAACAAUAUUGAUUGAUUGAAACUUUUAUUAGUAGAUUGCACAGUACAGUACAUAUUCCGUACAAUUGACCACUAAAUGGUAACACCCGAAUAAGUUUUUCAACUUGUUUAAGUCGGGGUACACGUAUAUUGCUUUUGGUUUAUUAUUUUUGGAACAAUGACAUUUUUAAGAAUAAAACGGACUAAAGGUCCCGGGGAUCCAAAG